CAUUACAGUUUGACGCUUCGCUGUGUGUGGGAGAGCGUGUUUGCGUUGUGGUAAUCACGAUUAUGUGAAACAGGUGAAAAUCGAUUCACCGUUGCAGCUUCGGAACGUUUAAUCUCACCUGUCUGUGGCAUGUAAACUCCUCCAACGGCUGGUUAGCUUGACUGGAUAGGAAACGGCUCGUUUGCGCCGCCGAGCCGCUAACGUUACACCAGAGGUAAGCCUUAUUAGUGAUUAGUGACAAUCUCAGAUCCUCUCUCCGCCUUGUUGCUUCUCCCAACUUUUCCAAAUUUCACUCUUAAAUGACAGCUUGUCACAGCUAACUCAGUGAAAGCUACUUGAGCGGCGUGCACUUAAAUGGUUGGCGUUGUCUGAAGUGAGAAUUUGAUCGUCAAAGUGUCCCGACUAUCCUGUUUGUUUUGGCUCCACUCACCUCCCUCCCGGACUUGCCUAGCAAAGUGAGAUAUGGCUGAAAUAAUUUCCGUCGACGCCGGUUUUCCCUCGCCGUCCACUAUGAACGUCACCUACCCGGUUCCGGAGGACGCCAGCCCCGCUGCUGCCGCCGCUCUUCCAGCCUCUCUGAACGACGACUAUCUGUUUGUGGAGACCAGGCACCCCAACACUGUCCUGCAGGGCCUCAACAGCCUGCGGCUCAACAAUGCCUUCUGUGAUGUGACUCUGUGCUGUGGAGGACAGGAGUUCCCCUGCCAUCGCAUUGUGCUUGCCUCCUUCAGCUCUUACUUCCAGGCGAUGUUUUCCACUGACCUGAUAGAGUCCAAACAGGAGAGAGUUGCCAUCAACGGAGUUGAACCUCAGAUGAUUGGCAUGCUGGUGAGCUACGCCUACACAUCAGAGGUCUACAUCUCUAAAGCAAAUGUGCAGGCCCUGCUGGCAGCAGCCAAUCUGCUGGACGUGAUGGCAGUGCGAGAAGCCUGUUGUCGUUUUAUGGAGCGUCAGAUGGAUGAGAUGAACUGUGUGGGGAUUCACUGCUUUGCCGAGGCCCAUUCUUGUAGCAGGCUGGAGAGCAGCAGCAUGGACUACAUCCUUCAGCACUUCAGCAGUGUUUAUCAGCAGGAGGAGUUCCUGUCUCUGUGUGUGGACAAACUGACCGAAAUCCUUGCCAGUGACUUUCUUAAUGUGCCUAAAGAGGAGAUGGUGUUUGAGGCGGCCAUGUUGUGGCUGAAUAAAUGUUCCUCUCGCAAACAGAGCUUUGAAAAGGUCCUUGAGCAUAUCCGGCUGCCUCUUAUCAGCCCCUACUACCUCCAUGAUGUGAUCGAGUCUCUGGAUGUGGUGAAGGAGAACCAGGGCUGCCAGAGGCUCAUCUCUGAGGCCAAGGACUACCUGCUGCUAAAGGACCGCCGUGGAGAGCUCUACUGCCCCAGAGCGAGGCCACGCAGGUCCACAGGAACAGCUGAAGUGAUAGUGACAGUUGGCGGGGAGGAUGACAAGGUGGUGCUGCGCAGCGUUGAGAGCUUCAAUCCCAUGACGAAUCAGUGGAAGAACCUGGCCUGCCUGCCCUUCGCUGUGAGCAAACAUGGGCUGGUCGUGUCGGACUCCACUCUGUAUUUGGCAGGAGGAGAGUUUCCUGAUGGUUCAGCCAGCAGGGAGAUGUGGCGAUACGACCCCUGCUUCGACUCCUGGAUCGAGAUGGCUCCCAUGAAUGUGGCUCGCUCUGAGUUAGGCCUGGUGAUGCUGGAUGGCUUUGUGUAUGCAGUGGGAGGGUGGGAGGGACGCUCACGUCUGGACUCAGUGGAGUGCUACAACCCUCACACCAACUCCUGGCAGUUCACCGAAUCUGUCAAGAUGGCCGUCACAAGUCCUGCUGUAGUGGCCCUGGACGGACUGCUCUAUGUUACUGGUGGAGCAAUUCUAGAGGAUGGCGAUGGCACAGACCUCGCUCAGGUGUACAACCCUAAAACCUCUGCAUGGACAGAGGUUGCUCCCAUGCAAAUCGCUCGCUCUGGUUCAGCAGCUUGUACACUCAAAGGAAAGCUUUACGUCAUAGGUGGAUGGCAUGCCUCGAUAGAGAAUACAGAUAAGGUGGAGUGUUACAAUCCCAAGACUAACCAGUGGACCAUGUGCGCCCCCAUGAAAGAACGACGCUACCGGCCCGGUGCUGCUGUGGUGGAUGGAAAGAUCUACGUCCUGGGAGGAGAAGAAGGCUGGGACAGAUAUCAUGACACUAUUGAGAGGUACUGUGAUGAGACUGACACGUGGGAGAUCGUCGGGGAGAUGCCCACCAGUCGCAGCUGGCUCAGCUGUGUGUCUCUCCAGCUGAGGAAAGACAUCCACAUUGGCAGCUGUCCCGGGACGCCAAAUGAGAACUAAGCCAGGGGGAAAUCUUAUGGUGGUUAAUAUUUGCAUCCUUCAUUGGGGGGCCGUGCACUACAAAAGCUCAGAGGUGCGGAGAACAGCAAACUGAGAAGAGAUGUCUGGAUUUGGCACAACGCUGUUACUGGUGGCCUGUUUAUUUUUUUUGAAUGGUGACUGCUUGUGGGAUGGGUCUCACUCACUUGGGUCCCUCCUAUUCCGCGUGGUGACAAAGAAAACGUGGUACAUGAAUCUCAAGUGAUGGACUGACUGAACAGUAACUCAGCCUGCAGUCUAAACUCACUCUCUGUAUGAUGUGAACAUGUUUAGGGUACUGUUUUAAUGUCCGAGCACCUCAGAUCUGUGAAGGUUUUCCCAGCCAACAUAGUGUAUUUUUGUAUCAUUGUGUAAUGUAUUUAUUGGGGUGUGUCCAGCUGUGAGAGCUCUUUUUAAAAAAUGGUACACAUUUUGCGCUCUCAAAAGAUGCUCUGUGGGCCAAAGAAUCAAAUUGUGAAUACUUCCAACCUGUGAAAGAGACGUCUUUAUGUGAGGAGUGGGUUUUUGUAUUUAAACUUCGUAAGUUCUGAGUCAUUGUCUCGACUAACUGUAAUAUGUUCAGUAUAUUUUUGUACUGUAGUGUGCAUCAUGCAGUUUAGUGAAUUUAAAUGGAGUUGGGUUUUAAUAAAGAUGUUUAAUUCUU